AUGUCUAAUAAUACACCCUUUUAAGUAUAUCUUAGAGUGAAGCCCUUGUUAGAUAAUAGUCAAGACACUCUUAUAUAAGACUUGGAUGAAAAGAGAAUUGUAAUUACCAAAUAGGGUAGAAAUAACAAAGAGUUUCAUUUCGAUCGUAUAUUUAAUAACGAACACAAUGCUUAAAUCUUUUCUGAGAUUCUCUAACACAAUAUAAAUUAUUUUCUUGAAGGCUACAACACUACUAUUUUGGCCUAUGGAAUAACAGGAUCUGGGAAGACGCACACUAUUUUCGGUAAUGAGAAGGACGAGGGACUUGCAUUCCAAUGUUUAAAUUAUUUAGUUGAAAAAACAAGGUAUUUUGGAUAAGUGAGUUUUAUUGAGAUUUACAAUGAAACAAUAAGAGAUCUAUUAAAUACUAAUUAAAAAUCAUUAGUAAUUAUGUAGGAUAGUUAAAAAGGAUAAUGUAUAUCAGGAGUAUAGCAAAUGGUUUGUAAGAAUAGUGAAGAAGUGAAAGAAAUCUUGAAUCUUGGGAAUCAAAACAGAAGUCUAGCUCAAACUAUUUAUAAUGUUUCAUCUUCUAGAUCCCAUGCUGUAAUUCAGGUAAACUUAUCCUAUAAGAUUGAUAAUUAAAUUCUAACUCCCAAGUUAUUUAUUGUAGAUUUGGCAGGCUCUGAAAAAGUCUAUUUGGAAUAGAAGUCAAAAAAUUAGCAAGAGGGCUCUAAUAUAAACAAAUCCUUAUUGGCCUUGAGUCAUUGUCUAACGAUGUUAUCAGAUAAAACAAAGAAAAAUCAGCAUAUUCCAUACAGAAAUUCCAAGUUGACCAGACUCUUAUAAGACUCUUUGGGUGGAAACACUAAAACAAUUAUGAUAGCUUGUGUAUAAUAAAAUAAGCAAUCAUACGACGAAAUUUUGAAUACUCUGACAUAUUCUUAAAGAGCUACUUAAAUUAAGAAGCAGGUUCACAAAGAAGUUACUUCCGUUCAGCAAAAUCAGAAAUCAGAGGAUCUGUCUCCCACUAAUGAGUCAUAACAAUUAGGGGAUUCUUCUUCUAAAUCUAUCUAUUUAACUAAAAUUUACAAUGAUAUCUACUCAAAUGUUGAAGAAUAUUUUGAGAUUAAUAAUUCAAUUAUAGAGAUCUAAUCUUAAAUUCAAGCAAAUUCUUAAAAAAUUGAAGAAACUCAAGAAACUAAAUAAGAGGAUGAAACAUACAUGAAGUUAUUGGCAGCAUAAAAAGAAAAUCAAAUCAUAGAAAAACAAUUGUAGAUUGCUCUAAAGACAAAUCUUUAAUAAAAAUAAAUACUUAAAUCUUUGCUUCUUUAGAUUACAGAAGAAUAGUAAUCUACAAUAAAUUAUUGGAAACAGAGGUUUGCAGAUCUUUCAAAAUAAAUAUUAGAUAUGAAAUCUGAUCAAGAGAAAUCACAAUAAGAAUUAGUUUAAAAGGAUUUAGUCAUUGCCUAAUAGAAAGCAAUAAUAGAAUCCAAUAAAUUAUCUAAAAAUUAAUCGUAAUAUACGACAAGCGGAGACUCUGAUCAGUCCUACCCCAUUUCAUUUUCAUCUUCUACGAAUAACUCUUAAAUAAAAAAGAAGGCAUCCAUUACAUAAUAACCGGCAGAAGAUCGACAUAGAUUUGCCAACAUUUCUCACAUUAAGUAGAGAUUAUCACCAAGAGAGAGGUCUCCUACGAGCAGCAUUUUUGGGACUUCCCCUAUUAGAUCUCCUUUAAAGCAUAAUUCAAUCUAUAGGAAUCUAAGUAAAAAUUAGUAUAAUGUAGAUUCUAUAUCAAAGGAUGAUUCAAGAGAAUUAUCUAAGGAUCUAUCUAAUUUGAGUAUUCACAAAAAAUCACGUCUUGUAGAUCCUUAAGUGACGACAAUAAAUCUAUAUGGAACUACCUACAUAAAUGUAAUAGAUUAAAAAGAAAAUAACUGA